CCCUUUUCAUUUUUCCGACUCUGUUUCAGACUGUGCAGAGAAAGAGGAGAGAGAAAAGCACACAGAACAGAGCAAAGUAACAAAGAAGAGCUGUGUGCCUGUAUCUCCGUCCGUUCCUAGAGCUCUGUGUCUCCGUUUUCCUUCAUCUGCAUGGAAAAUCUAUCACAUUCUCGCCAACCAAACAUAGUCUCCAAGAGAAGCUGCAAUGGCAGCACUAAUAAGUUCACUUACGACGACGUGUUUGGUGGCCCGCCUAAGUUCGGAGCCCCGACUCUGUCGCCUCGGGUCGAGGAUUACAGCGAGAUAUUUGGCGGUUUCCACGAGUCACGAGCCUCCUCCAUUCCUGUCCUCGAUCUCCCAUUGGCCUGCAAUGAAGUAGCCGAGGUUUUCUUCGAUGUACGAAGCUCCGGUUUUGACUAUCGUGAAGUUUUUGGAGGAGUCAAUGGCCAUGAUUUUGCAGUAUCUUACGAGGAGUUGUUUAUGAUGGACCAAUCCAACGGUUUUGGUGAUUCCUCCGACGAGGCUUGGACUCCAGCAGAAGCUGAAAAUCUAUCAGAAGAGUUGGAUCAUUCUGCAAAGGAUCAAUGCUUAUCAAAUGGUGACUUAUAUGAUUCGGUUGAUGGUGGUAUCGAAUUUGACAUAGCAUAUAAUAAAGCUGGUCAAAGAAGCAAUGAAGAUUUGCGAAAUGGGAUCACGCACAUGACACAGCUGCACGAUGUUUCUGGAUACACUUUUGUUGUUGAUAAAAGCACUUCCUUGCCAAAGACAGACUACGAGUACCAAUAUCUGCUAGAAAAUGAUGAUUAUCUCAAUAUGGACUGCAGUGGGGAAAUGUUGAGAGGAAGGCAACUCAGAAAAGUCAUGUCACACCCAGUCAAUGGUAGUACUGAUGGGCUAUUUGAAAAUGAUUUUGGAAUGCACAGGGAAUUUGUCAGAAAUGGCUCUCUUCCGAACGAGACGUUUGUAACAAUUUCUGAUGUCAGCCUUAAGACUCGGCCUUCUCAUUUGCCACCUCCUUUUAGACCACCGCCUGCAUUAGAAGUUAAAAAGGAAGAUUAUGCUGAAGCAAUUCCAAACUGUAAAAAUGUUGCCUCUGAAGAGACAGCUGGAGAUAGUUCUCCUCGCUACUUUGAUGUAGAGGUAGAUGCAAGUUCAUCAGCUGCAGCUUCUGCUGCUUCUUUGAAAGAAGCAAUGGAGAAAGCUCAGUCAAAGCUCAAAAGUGCCAAAGAAUCAAUGGAGAGGAAGAGGGAGGGUUUUCAAACUCGUAAAUCAGGUUCAAAGAAGGGCAGAGAAGAUAAGGUAGAAAAAGUGACUAAGAUUGUAAGUGGCUCUGAUAGUAGGCAAGAUGAUAGAGGGCAGAACACUAGUCAAAGAGAAGAUAAUGGAAUGGAAUUUUCAAUUUUGGAGGAGAAGCAGAAAGUUAAAAUGACAAGCCAGCCAAUUUCAGACUCAUUAGAAGGGAAAAAGCAUCUAAAUGUUGCCAAAAGAGCUGCAGAUGAGAAUCAUGGAAGGGAAUCCUUGUCAUCUCAAGGGUCUGAUAGAAUUGCUGGAGCUGGUGAGUGGAAAGAAGCUACUCAAUUUUUUGAAUGGGAAGUGAAUGAAAAGAGACACAAAGAGACGCGCGAAAGAGAAGAAAAUGAGAAGAGACUGAGAGAGGCUCGCGAAAGAGAGGAGAAUGAGAAGAGACUGAGAGAGGCUCGCGAAAGAGAGGAGAAUGAGAAGAGACUGAGAGAAGCUCGCGAAAGAGAGGAGAAUGAGAAGAGACUGAGAGAAGCUCGUGAAAGAGAGGAAAAUGAGAGGAAGCAGAGAGAAGCUCGCGAAAGGGAGGAGAAUGAAAAUGAGAGGAAGCAGAGAGAAGCUCGCGAAAGGGAGGAGAAUGAUGAGGAAGAGACGCAGAGAGAAGCUCGCCGAGAGAGGGAGGAGAAUGAAGAAGAGAACUUAGAGAAGAGCUGCGCGACAGGAGAGAGAGACUGGAGAAGGAGACAGAGAGGAAGCUCGAGGAAAGAGAGAAAGAUGGAAGAGGAAGCCAGAAGAGAAAGCUUUCGAAAGGGAAGGAAAAUGAUGAGGAGGCAGAGAGAAAGGCUCGCGAAAGAGGAGGAAGGGAAAGAGGAGAACGAAGGGAAGGCUGCUGGUGAGGAAAAUGAGAGGAAGCAGAGAGAAGCUUUCGAAAGGGAGGAAAAUGAGAGGAGGCAGAGAGAAGCUCGCGAAAGAGAGGAAAGUGAGAGGAGAGUGAGAGAAGCUCGCGAAAGAGAGGAAAGUGAGAGGAGACAGAGAGAAGCUCGCGAAAGAGAUGAAAUUGAGAAGAGAUUGAAAGAGGCUUUGGAGAAGGAAGAGAAUGAGAAGAGACUGAAAGAGACUCUUGAGAAGGAAGAGAGACGAAGGGAGGCUGCUGUCCGGGAAGAGAAUGCAAAGAAAGAAAGGGAGGCCUGUGAGAGAAAUGACAAGAGGUUCAAAGAGGCUCUUCAGAAGGAAGAGAAUGAGACGAUACUCAAAGUGGAUGUUGAGCAAGAAGAGAAUGAUAAAAGACUAGGUGAAACUCAUGAAAGAGAAGAAAAUGAGAAGAAACAGAGGGAGGAUCGCAAUGUAUCAGACCAAUCAUGUAAGCUGGAUGAUGAUAAGAACUCUGGAGCUACUCAAUUAACUGGCAUGCAUGAGGGGAACAAUGAAAAACUGGAAUCAGCUAAGGAGUUUGGUCUUGAAGAAACUAGCAAUAGAUUGGCCAAACAAAGAAAUAGUGAAAAGGAAGUAGCAUCUGGCAUAGAACAUGAUAGGAGCCAAGUUGUCACGAAAGAUUUGACUAGCAAUGAACAGAAGACCAUUGAAAAUGUUUGGAGCACUUUCCAAGUUGAUUCAGAUGCUGGAGAUCAGGGUAAGAAAUUUGCUUAUGAAAAGUGUGAUAUAGGAAAGAAUUUUGAGCAAACUCAAGUACCCUUAAAUCAGGGAAACAAGGAUAAUUUUGUGUCGGCUAGAAUAGUGAAAGAAUCAGUUGAAAUGGGAAGGAAACUGGAAGGAGCUCAGCCAGCUAUACUUGAAGUAAAAGGAAGCACUCACAGGAUGACCCAGCAGGUUAAUGCAAGUCAGAGCAUUGAGAGAAAAGUGAAGAAUUCUAGUGAGACCCUUUCAUCAGAAUGCAAAGACUCUGAAAGAAUGAAGAGAGAAAGAGAUCUAGAAAUGGAACGCCUUAGAAAGAUAGAGGAAGAGAGGGAGAGGGAGAGGGAAAGAGAGAAGGAUAGGAUGGCUGUUGACAGAGCAACAAUGGAAAUGCGUGAAAAAGCAUAUGUUGAAGCUAGGGAGAGGGCAGAACGUGCUGCUGUGGAAAGAGCAACGGCUGAAGCUCGACAAAGAGCUCUGAAUGAGGCUCGUGAAAGACUAGAGAAGGCGUGUGCAGAUGCUAGGGAAAAGUCUGAUAAGGCAUCCAUGGAGGCAAGGUUCAGGGCAGAGCGUGCUGCAGUAGAGAGAGCAACUGCAGAGGCAAGGGAGCGUGCUUUUGAGAAAGCAGUGGCUGAAAGGGCUACCUUUGAGGCAAGAGAACGUGUAGAAAGAUCUGUUUCAGACAAAUUCUCAGUAUCUUCCAGAAAUAGUGGAAUGAGACCAAGUUCUUCCACCUCUGAUCUACAAGAUAUGCAAUACCAAGGUGCUGGAUCACUUAGUGGUUCAAGAUAUCAAUAUUCCAUGGUAUAUAAUGAAAGAUCCGAAGCAGUUGAAGGUGAAUCAGCUCAGAGGUGUAAAGCCAGGUUGGAGAGAUAUCGAAGAACAUCUGAACGUGCGGCGAAAGCCCUGGCAGAGAAAAACAUGCGUGAUCUUCUUGCUCAAAGAGAACAAGCAGAGAGAAAUAGAUUAGCAGAAACUCUGGAUGCUGAUGUGAAGAGGUGGUCAAGCGGGAAAGAGGGCAACCUGCGUGCUUUGCUUUCGACACUGCAAUAUAUACUUGGGCCAGAUAGUGGUUGGCGACCAAUUCCACUAACAGAAGUUAUAACCGCAGCUGCGGUAAAGAAAGCUUACAGAAAAGCCACUCUUUGUGUUCAUCCUGACAAAUUACAGCAACGUGGUGCAAGUAUUCAGCAGAAGUACAUAUGUGAGAAGGUGUUUGAUCUUUUGAAGGAGGGUUGGAAUAAAUUCAACUCAGAGGAGCGUUAAGAGUUCCUGUGCUGAUUUAUAUCAGUCUACAGUUAGAUCAAUUCUGUAAUCCCAAGUAAAUAUCUCUAUAUGCAUUUUAAUUUCUUCCGUUGUUUCUAUAUGUAAUUUUGUGCACAAGAAAAUAGGAAUUAAACAAAUAUUAUUCAAGGAAAAUUGGCUACUCUCGGUUCCAGAUGUUAUCGCCACUUCUUUACUUUUUCGCAAA